AGGAUUAUUAACAAUUUUGCGUCAACUUAAAACUUUAUUAUGUGUGGCCAAUAUUUCUCUCUCAAGUUCUGGAGACAAGAAGACAAUAGACUAUGCUUAAAUCCUUGACUUCUCUUCCAUCAAUCAAGUUUUUGCUUCCCCGCCAUCUUAUUCCCUCACAAGUCACAACCCAUACAUACUAAAAUUCUGCUAUGCUGAAUGAUCAGAGGGCAAGCACCAGCCAUGGGCAAGACAAUCAGGACGAAGAUGAACAAAUCAGGGACAUCCACGCCCUGACCCCACCUCAACCCCCACCUGUGAAUCGUGGCCGUCGCAGAGAAGCUUGGGAAACAAGUAGCCAUAGAUCAUCUUUGUCCGUAGCUAGUGACGGUGCUCUGAGUGAAAACUUCACAAGCAUGAGUCGGGAAUUCAGUGCCUUAGUGGUUGCAGGUUCAACUUUUGACCAUACCAGUAACAAUGAGACUGAAGGCACAAUUAAUGGAAACAACUUGAGAAGGAUUGGAGAGGAGGACAUGCUAGAGGAAGAGAAUAACCCAUUGGCUAUUGUGCCUGAUAAUAAUCCAUUGGACCCGCCUGUUGCAUCUCCUAGACGUGGUGCUACAGCAAUCGGAGUUGGCUCUUCAACAACAAGUAAUCAAACUGAGAUUUCUGUGCAAAGAGUGAAGAAAGAGGAGGUGGACUCGAAGAUUUCGGCAUGGCAGAACGCGAAGGUUGCAAAGAUUAACAAUCGGUUUAAGAGAGAGGAUGCUGUUAUUAACGGGUGGGAAAGUGAGCAGGUUCAAAAAGCAACAUCAUGGAUGAAAAAAGUUGAGAGGAAACUAGAGGAGAAAAGAGCUAGAGCUCUGGAAAAGAUGCAGAAUGAUGUGGCAAAAGCACGAAGAAAAGCAGAAGAGAAAAGGGCAUCGGCGGAGGCUAAGAGAGGAACAAAAGCGGCCAGGGUUCUUGAAGUAGCCAACCUGAUGAGAGCUGUUGGAAGAGCUCCUGUAAAACGGUCCUUCUUCUGAGAUCAUUACCGUUAGUUACCCUUGCUUUCCAAACCAAUUUGGGCAUAAUAAAUGCCCCACAAUUAUUAGGGACCCUUCAUCUUUUGAACAAUCGGGUAUCCUAUAUGAGAUGGGGCAGUGAUUUGGCACCGAAAAAGUAUAGAAAUCUAUAAUUUUUUUGGGUAUUUUACUUUUUGAGUGGCUGAAGUGUGUUAGAACUUAGAAAUACCUAUUCCCAAAAACACCAAAAAGAAAAAGUGCGUUAGUGAUGGUGAUGAACAAACUUUUUUGGUCAUGUACAGUAAUGUAAUAUUGCUUCUUUUUCAUGGCAGCUAUAAAGAGAUGAAGCUUGAUUAGCAUGUA